CUCCCUCUCUGGGUCAAAGGUCCACUUGCACCAGAAGCCCUUCACUUCUGGAAAGCUACUGCGGUCUGGGCUGCACAGCCCGUGUUUUUGCUCACUCCUAGGGGAGAAACCCUGUCACACCCAGUUUCACUUCCAAGGCAGGGACCUCAGGAAGGGCAGACAGCAGGGAUUUUCCAAACAGGAGGCGGCAGGGAUUUAAUUCUGAGAGGGACACAGUUUCGAGGGCAAAGUGUGAAGACCAGCCAGGCUGCCUGGUCUCCCUGCCACCUCCUCUCUAGGCAGCUCUGGUUCCCUUGUGAUUUUAAUGGAUGGUCUUUUAUCUUGGAUUCCACUGUCUUAUGGAUGGAUGGCUGUUGGGAGCCCACUGCCUUAGCGAGGUCUUCUUCAACACUUAAGGAAUUACACUGCCAUUGAGUAAUGAGAAUUUCGAAAUCAUAUUUGAGAAGUACUUCCAUCCAGUGCUACUUGUGUUUACUUCUGAACAGUCAUUUCUUAACUGAGGCUGGCAUUCAUGUCUUCAUUCUGGGAUGCAUCAGCGCAGGACUCCCCAAAACAGAGGCAAACUGGAGUGAUGUCAUGGCUGAUAUUGAAAAAAUCAAACACUUUAUCCAACAUGUUCACAUCGACGCCACCUUAUAUACUGAAAGUGAUAUUGACCCCAAUUGCCAAGUCACAGCCAUGAAGUGCUUUCUGCUGGAGCUGCACGUUAUCUCCCAGGAGGCCCGAGAUGGGAACUUCACACUGACCAUAGAAAACCUGCUCAUCCUCGCCAACAGCAGUCUGUCCGCUAAGCAGGUGCUAGCAACCUGUGAAGAUGGCAGAUUCAGGUUCUCCAAACCCCAUCACACUCUCAGGUUGGGAUUUAUGGGUUACGCAGAGAAGGGAGUGGGGUGGGGAGCUUGGCAGUGCUGUGGUACACGGGAGGGUGAAGGGAGCCAGCUGCCAUGUCAUUCAUUCCUCUGGCACCAGAGGUCUGGGUGUCCAGUUCAGCCUACUAAGUUGUUUUAAAAAGCAAAUUCAAUGGGAAUUGGGUGGUAGCACAGCAGGUUAAGUGCAGGUGGUGCAAAGCUCACAGACAGGCUGAGGGAUUCCAGUUCGAGCCCCUGGCUCCCCACCUGCAGGGGAGCCGCUUCACAGGUGGUGCAGCAGGUCUGCAGGUGUCUGUCUUUGUCUUCCCCUCUCUGUCUUCCCCUCCUCUCUCCAUUUCUCUCUGUCCUACCUAACAAUGACAGCAAUCACAACAAUGAUGAUAACUACAACAAUUAAACAACAAGGGCAACAAAAGAGAAUAAAUAAAUAAAAUAAAUAUUUAAAAAAUUGCAAAUUAAAGAUGGCAUACUGUGCAAGGCUUGUAUCUGGGGGACUUUAGGCCAUGUCUCAGAACUCUUCCCCAAGGACAUUUCUUGUCUUCUCUCUGCUUUCUGUCUGCAGAUAGUUCCCGAUUUAUCAGACGUAGACAGUGAGUGAAAGCAUUCCUUACCUACUGGCUAUGGCUAGGUAGAAAAAGCAUGAGAAGGCCUGCUAGGACAGCCAUGGUUAGGCUGCUGUGGAGAAGUGGAGAUUGCUGGGAAGACUCGAAGUGGCAGUUAUGACUAGUGUAAGGUGGUUAAGUUAAAAAUUAAAAUCGAGGGGGCUGGGUGGUGGUGCACUGGGUUAAGUGCAUAUAGUACGAAGUGCAAGGACACGUAAGAAUCCUGGUUCAAGCCCUCAGCUCCCCACCUACAAGGGGGGUUGCUUCACAAGCAGUGAAAUAGGUCUGCAGGUAUCUGUCUUUCACCCUCUCUAUCCCCCCCCUUCUUUCUCAAUUUCUAUCUUAGCUGAUAAAAAAAUGGAGAAAAAAGAGGGGGGCUCUAGGGGCAGUGGAUUACUAAUGCAGGCACCGAGCCCCAGUGAUAAUC